AAAUUAAUUGUCAAUUAUCACAAAUCAAGAAAAUAUCAAAUUUAUCCAACAAUGUUGUCUCGCAUGCAAUUAUUUUCCACAAAAUUGCUAAAUAAAGCACCGGUACGUCACCUGUCAGUGACCAAUGCUGCUGUCAAGAGUGACACUUCAAGCAAAUCACAGGAGGUGUUUGAUAGAGAAGCUAAAUAUGGAGCCCAUAAUUAUCAUCCCUUACCGGUAGCUCUCUGUAAGGGCAAAGGUGUCUACGUAUGGGACGUGGAGGGCAAACAAUACUAUGAUUUUCUCAGCGCUUAUUCAGCUGUCAAUCAGGGACACUGUCAUCCGGCUAUCCUUAAGACAUUGCGAGAACAGUCGGAAGUGUUGACAUUAACAUCGCGAGCCUUCUAUAGCUCGGCUUUGGGUGAGUACGAGGAGUAUAUCACUAAAAUGUUUGGUUACGACAAAGUCUUGCCCAUGAAUACUGGUGUCGAAGCGUGUGAGACGGCCGUCAAAUUGGCCCGAAAGUGGGCCUAUUCUGUCAAAGGCGUCAAAGAGAACAAAGCAAAGGUUAUCUUUGCUGACGGAAACUUCUGGGGCCGUACUUUGGCCGCUAUAUCGUCAUCGACUGACCCGACUUCGUACGGAGGCUUUGGACCAUUUAUGCCGGGAUUUGAAAUUAUUCCGUACAAUGAUAUCAAUGCAUUGGAAGCAAAACUGGUCAGCGAUAAGAAUAUCGCCGCCUUUAUGUGCGAACCAAUUCAAGGAGAGGCCGGUGUUGUGGUUCCCGAUCCCGGAUAUCUCACAAAAGUGCGCGAAUUGUGCGACAAACACAAUGUUUUAUGGAUUGCAGACGAAGUACAGACAGGAUUGGGACGAACAGGUAGAAUGUUGGCCGUCGAUCACGAGAAUGCGCGGCCAGAUAUUGUCACUUUGGGUAAAGCAUUGUCCGGCGGUGUAUACCCCGUGUCAGCCGUUUUAGCUGAUGAUGAAGUAAUGCUCAGUAUUAAGCCGGGAGAACACGGAUCGACAUAUGGCGGUAAUCCGUUAGCCGUAAAAGUGGCGAUGACAGCACUGGAUGUACUUAUUAAUGAUAAACUCAUCGAAAAUGCCGACAAAAUGGGAAAACUUUUGAGACAAGAAUUGAAUAAAUUGCCGAAAGAAGUGGUGAAAGUUGUUAGAGGAAAGGGAUUACUGAAUGCCAUUGUUAUCAAUGAUAAGUAUGACGCGUGGGAACUGUGUCUCAGAUUUAGAGAUAAUGGACUGUUGGCCAAACCAACCCAUGGCGACAAAAUACGAUUCGCACCACCGCUUGUUAUCACUGAGGAACAGACACUCGACUGCACCCGUAUUAUUGCCAAAACCAUUGAACAACUGUAGACCAGAUAAAUGCUUUUAUUGGACAGUUAUCUGUUUCUAUGCACUGACCCAUCAUUGAAGUUUGAUAACAACCAAUUAA